AUGUUAAGAAUGACAUGAGUUUCACUCUCAAUCCAAAAGACAGACCAAUCAACGAACAAAACCCAUUUAAUCUGAUUGAUUCAUUUAGGCCACGUCUGUCCCCCUGAGGUGCAGGGCACGAGUCGUCGUCGUCUCUCCAUCGAUCUCUCAUCUUCUUCUUUUCUCCGAAACUUCGUUUUUUUUUUAAAUUUGAGUUCGUGUUUUUUUGUUUCCCCUUUCUCAGACCCAAAAAUUAGGGUUCAGUUUUAUAGCAACAAGGCUCCGUCGUUGUAUAUAGUCGAAAAGGUGGUUUUAGCUAUAUGGGUAUCUGCAACUGGAACUACGAAUACUCUUCAUAACUGAUGCUUUGAAACCCUUUUGGUACUAGUUCAUGCGUUCCACGUAUGUACAGCAGCAGCAUAAGAAAGGAAUGGGAGAGAAUCGUCAGAUUAGAUCACGUUCUUGGAAUAGAAUGCCAACUAAAAGAUGCAGGGCAAAUGGGAUUAGGGAGGAGUUUAUUGUGGUUGACGAUGAUGAGGUUAUCAUUCUUGAUUUUCCCGAGUCAUCUAAAAGCAAUGCUUCUGGCACUUCAAGAACUGGGAAUAAGUCUAUUAUGCAGAGAGUGAUUAGUAUUGACGAUGAUGAUGAUGAUGAUGAUGAGGAGGAGGUGGAUGAGACAGAAAAUGUUCAUAAAGCUGGGAGUAGUUCAAGUGGUAACCCUCUUGCGGGUAACUUGCAAACAUCUGCGGAAGUGGAUAAUGAUGAUUGCCAAUUCAUUCAAGAAAAAUGUGCUAGUUUUAGAUUUACAAAAUGCAACCAGCCUUUCUCUACAAUGCCCUCUUCUGGAAUUCGAUUUGGUUUAGGUUCUGAUACUGACAGUGACUUUUCCGACAGCGACGGUUCUGAUUGUGAGAUUUUAGAAGGGUCUCAUAGAGAGGUCCGCGAGCAGUGGGAACGCGCAGCUUUCUUGAAAAAAAUGAAGAAACCUGGUAAAGCUGGUCUGAGUGAGGAGGCCAGUACAUCAAAUCUCCACUGUGACACUAAUUUCAGGCCUGAUCUUGAAAGGAGAACUGAACAACAUGAUCAAGCAUCGUUCUUCUCUGCUGCCAGAAAUCCAGAUGGUAAAAAAGCUGGUCUGAAUGAGGAGGCUUGUCCUUCAAAUCUCCACUUUGACACUAGAAAUCCAGAUGGUGGUAAAGAAACCUCUUUUACUUUCUUUGGAACCGAUGAUAGAAUUCCUGAUAUGGCGGCUAACUUUGGCUCGGUGGAGAAAGACAACAGAGCUAAAAACAGUGCUAAUUCUAGUUUUUUCAAUGAAGAGGAUUUUCAGGGACCAUCCCCACUGUCACCCGAAAUACGAGUUGAACAUGAAAGGUUUGAUACACCAUCAAGUCAUUUUACUUCGUCAAAUGAACCGAUAGAUCAAACUAGUUUCAAAAAAGUUGUAGAACAGCCAAACAAAGUUCAAGUUCAAUGUGAAACUUCACAGUCGCCAGAAGAGAAUCCAAAGAAAAACACCACAUAUCAACCUCAUACCAAGGAAGUUGAAGAAGAAGAAGACGCCUUAAAAUUUUCUCCGCCACAGACUUCUGCUGGGGAUGGAGUUACAACGCAAAGUAAUGGAGCCAGGGGUGAGCACGGGAUCUCGAGUUUAGAUCAAUCAAGAGAACCGAUCAUUGAUCCUAUUCCAUCUACAAGUGGACAAGUGCAAAGUAGUGACGGUACAGCUCCUGUAGUCGAUGUCAUGCUUAACAGAGAAAUGUUAAAGGAGACUGAUGAAUACAAGAAAGCACAAGAAGAAGAAUGGGAGUCCAGGCAACGACAAUUACAAAUCCAGGCAGAAGAAGCUCAGAAGCAACGUAAGAGAAGAAAGUUAGAGAACACGCGACAGUUGGAGAUGGAAAGAAGGCAAAAGGAGAGGGUAGAGGAAGUGAGAGAGACACUGAAGAAGGAUGAAGAAAGCAUGAACAUGAAGGAGAAAGUCCGUGCAGAAUUAACCAAAUCACUUAAACAGCUGGAAAUCAGGAGCUUGAACAUGGCAUCGCUGCUUCGAGGCUUAGGGAUUCAUGUUGGUGGCGGGACAUCUCCUCUGCCAGAUGAGGUACAUGCAGCGUACAAACGAGCUGUAUUAAAAUUUCAUCCGGACAGAGCAUCAAGAGGUGACAUUAAACAGCAAGUUGAAGCAGAAGAAAAAUUCAAGCUUAUUGUACGCAUGAAGGACAAAUUUUGAGCUUAUUGCUCGCUAACAUUGACCAACGAAGAAGAAAUGUUAUGAAAAUCAUUUUUUUUGUUUCUUAGAAGGGAUAAUUCUCUGUAAAUUAGUUUUUUUGAUUAUCCAACAGAAACAACAAAAUUGUGUUGGUAGGUUUGAAAAAGGGAAUAAUAGAGGCACUGGUAUCAACGUCUUCUCUU